AUGGUUUCCACCACAAUUACCUUUAAUAAAGCCGACGUGCAAGCCCCUGUUUACGUCGCCGGGGCAUUUUCAGAAUGGUCACCAGUGGAGAUGGCCUGUGAAAAGCUCGAAAACGGUCAGAACAAGUUCACACAUACCGUAGAAGUACAACCUGGUAAAUACCAGUACAAGUUCCGCCUUGGUCCUGGAGACUGGUGGGCCUUGGAUGAAUCUACGCCGACCGAGGAUGAUGGAUCUGGAAAUGUCAACAACGUCCUCACCGUCGAAGCCGAACAGACUCAAGAGUCUACUCCCCAGCAGAGCGAAGGUGACAGCGAAAGCAUCGGCCAAGCUCCAAUUGCCGAUACUGCUGCCGCGGCUGACAGUGCUACUGUGUAUGACACUGUUGCCGCACUGGAGGAUGAACUAAGCGUUCAGCCUGACGUGACCACCCCAGACGAACACGACGUUCAUAAAGAGGCUUCAAUUCCAGAUGUUGCACCUCCCCCUUACUCAGCACCAGAGCAUGCAAUGCCUCUGACCACGGAGACCCACAAACCCGUCCCAGUGACAAAGGUGGUAGACAUUGAGAGGAAGUCACCUGAGAUUGGUGCCUUGCCGCCGCCCAAAAAGGGCGGUGCACUGGCGAAGAAGAUGCUACUAGUAGCUGCAGCCGUAGCUAUCCCCGUGGCUUUCUCGCUCUUCUUACGCCGGUAA